UCAAUUUCAUGAUCCACCCAUUUGAGUGUUGAAAGCCUCGAAAUUUUGGCAACUUUUGUCAAGAAGUUUCUCUUAUCCCCUUUCCUCAACCGGCUCAACGAUAAACUAGGGGCAGGAGCUAAGAGGUCGGAUACAAUACAAGUUCAGGUUCUGCGAGUCACUGACAGCCGAGGAUGAAGAUUCUUCACAUACCAUGCUUAGAGGAUAAUUACUCCUACUUGAUUAUCGACGAGUCCACAAAGGAAGCCGCUGCGGUGGACCCGGUCGAGCCGCAGAAGGUCCUACGCGUCGCGGAGGAGAAUGGCGUUGAUCUUAAACUCGUUCUCACCACUCACCACCACUGGGAUCAUGCUGGUGGCAAUGAUAAACUAAAGCAGUUGAUACCAGGAAUAAAGGUGUAUGGCGGUUCAACCGAUAAUGUGCAGGGCUGCACCGAUAAGGUUGAAAAUGGUGACAGGAUAUUUCUUGGAGCUAACACCAACAUAAUAGCGCUUCACACACCUUGCCACACUAAAGGGCAUAUAAGCUACUAUGUCACUGACAAAGAGUCAGAUGAACCUGCUGUUUUCACAGGAGACACUCUGUUCGUAGCGGGUUGUGGUAAGUUUUUUGAGGGCACUGCAUUACAAAUGUAUCAAUCACUUUGUGUGACAUUGAACUCAUUGCCAAAGCCAACACAUGUGUACUGUGGCCAUGAGUACACUGUAAAGAAUUUGCAGUUUGCUUUAACAAUUGAACCAGAUAAUGCAAAAACAGUUCAAAAGCUAUCCUGGGCUCAGUCUCAAAGAAAGAGUGGGCUUCCAACUGUUCCAUCCACUAUUGAGGAAGAACUUGAUACUAACCCGUUCAUGCGGGUUGAUAAUCCAGAGGUCCAGGAAAAGGUUGGAAGCAAGUGUCCUGUGGAAGCCUUGAAGGAGAUAAGGCAACGGAAAGAUAACUGGAAGGGUUAAGGAAGUCAAUCAGUCAUUGUAUGCUGAUACUCUUUUUCUACGUUCCUGUAUAUAUGUAAUAUGAGUAUGUUCUCUGAGUAAGAGUGUACACAACAUAACAAUAGUAGUAAUGAUGACAACACCAAUAUUAAAACAAUAACAGGGAAAUAUAUUACUACGUAUAUCAGUAAUGAAUGGGUAAUACUCCAACUUGGAUUCUCCACUUUUUUGUGAUUUUGUAUGCUUGAGUUUCACCUUAAAUCCUCGUUGAUUUGCUUCA